UACAAGAGCAGCAGCAGCAUAAAGCAAAGCCUGUCAAAUGACUGAGAACUGGAAAAGAAAGUGAGAGGAAGAGAAACACGAUCGACUCCCAACAACUGACUGCAAGUCAACAAAGGAGUUUGGUUUUCCAAGCAAGUCUCCCGGUCAAACCAGGGCAUGUACACUUAAACUGUACUGAGGAAGUACAACCAACCUUUGAGAAACCAGCACUGUUACUGUCAGACAUGCAUAACUAUCUCCUCAGUGCCAUUAGCUGUCUUUGCAUUCUUCCUACUGGUCUCGGUGCUGAGGAAUGCAGCCAGGUUGUUCUGGCAAAACGUGAUGUAUUUUAUGUACCAGAAGGGGGCAGUCUGUCUCUCUCCUGUGUGGUCCAGCACUGUGGCGACACCUGGACAGGGAACUGGAUGUGGAGAAAUUCAACAGAUGAAUUGUUCAGCACCAUUGAAAACUCUGCAAGGCACCGUUUGACCAAUGUGAAUCUCUCAGUAAAUGAAACUCGCCUAGAUUUGAAUUUCCUAAGAGUCAUCCAAUUAGAUGAAGGCUCCUAUGGAUGCACGGUUACAUGGGGUCAAGGUGACACUGAUCAGGGACAUCUGAUGUAUGUGAACAUCACUGCAGCUGUCCCCUCUCAGAGGAAUUUGUUGCACAGGGUUUUGGUCUAUGCCGGUGCCUUUCUUUGUCUUCCCCUCAUUCUGGGAUUAGCUUGUUGUCUGAGCCCAGUACCGCAGAAACGUAGCACUUCUUCUCAUAAAGCUCCCCCCAAGUUCCAGCAGGAGGUUGAGGUGGUGUAUGCAGACAUUUCCAAGGAUGCACUGAGGCAACAGAGAGCCACCAGAGAGUCUGCCCAGUCCACUGUGUACUCAUCCGUAAAAUUUCCCUUACUGCAAUCGAAGCAGAGUGGAAGUGAAGAGUUGUCUGCUCGGAGUACAUAAUAUAGUAUAUUUUGUGGGAUACUGCUCGAUCCUAGACGUUUUCAGGAAACAUAUGACUUGGACUCAUGGAGCCUCGGAGCUUCUCACUUUCAGGACUGCAUUUCCUAAUAAAUAUUUGACUAUUCAUCAUUCUUGAGCUUAAGACUUCACCUGCGCAUUGUGAAAAAUCUUUAAAGCAGAGGAAAAAAGAAGAUACAGCUUUGUUUUUUUGUAGUUUUUUAUCAAUGUCUAUAGACUCCCCUGAUUACACUGUGAUAUGGAAGUAGUGACUGUUUUAAUUAUGGAGAUGAGAGAAGUGCCAAAACUCCUUCAUAUGCAGGUAGCAUAUAGGACAGCAAGUGGAGGACAUAAUGAGGAGAUAUCGCAGUAUACCAGCUGAACCAGGCUGAGGUGCUUGUUAAUUCACAUAAAAUAUUAAAGUACUGGCAGAAAUACCCCUAUAUUGAGCUGUAAGCUUGCAAGGUUAGUGUGAGAUUGUAAAAGAAGGGAAAACACAUAAAUGACACAAAAUACAACAUU